AUGUCGCGGGGUCGCGCCGUGGCGGCGCUGCUGGAUGUGCCGGGGGCGGCGAAGCCACAGAGGCCGCCGCAGAGUCGCAGUUUGGACGUCUACGAGUUCGAAAACUUGGUGAUGAAACUGGUAGGCCGGAAGAACGACGACGCUCGCAUCAAGGCGUUGAAGGUCGUGGAAGAGCUCGGCUACACCGAGAAGGAGGAGCUGCAGCUGAGCGGCCUCUUCUUCAUGCUGGACGAGCGCCAGACCAAGUCCCUGGGCGUCACGGCCAUCCGCGCCAUCGCGGACCGCCUGCACCUCGAGAUGAGGCCGGAGGCCUUGUGGGGUCUGCUGCAGGAGUUCAGCACCGACAGCAGCGCGGCGGAGGUGGACUUCGCUGGCUUCCUGCGCCUGUUCCGCCAACUCGCGCCCCACGGCCCGGGCAUCGCGCUCCGACAGAUCUUUGCGCUGGGCGACUGA